CACACAGAAAAGUCAUCCGUCAAAGUGCACAAAAUGUGAGGCUCAGCAGGGCCUGUGUACUUUGCUGCCGUAGCCACAGAAGGAAGGAAGUGUACUGGAGGUCAGGAGACGAAAAUUCUCAAAAGGAGGAAUCGUACCGUUGUCAGGGUUCAACUCGAGGGAAACGCUGAAAAAAAAAACAACAUUCUCCAGUCCCAUCAGAGUGCCUCCCACACCCUAUGCCUCCAGCCAUUUUUUUUUUUACCCUAGAUGGACUUGAUUUUGUAAUCCCGCACCAUUACGUUGUCACCGAGGUGAGCUUCUUUCCACAUUUCUACCCAUCCCUGCGACAUUAAAAAGAAGAGAAGAUGAGAGAUGUGAAGAGAGAGUUCCUGGUGGCCUUUACGUUGCUCUACUGCACGGUGAGUGCAGUUAAACGACUGGACAUGGCCCCGAACGCUGUGGACACCUUGUACGAGGGCUGCCGCGAAGACACCAUGGAGAAAUUAAUCCGCUCUGAUGUGCUGCAACAAGAGCUGAGCCAAGACAUUAACUUCCAGCUAGCGUGGAGCGAAAAGUGUUCCACGCUACUACCGGGAGGCGUGAAGGAACACACCGCCGCCCUCUUGGCCUUUGCUAACGGCGGCCAAGCGUUCAAGAAAGCCUUCAACGACGCGGUGGAGACCAUGGGCGUCAACGUCAGCACCUACGAGGAUCAUUUCCACUAUAAGUCCUUGCACUUCCUGCUCACGGACGCCAUGAGCCUCGUGAAGCCGAUGACGUGUAAGAAUGUUUAUCGGAUUUCUGAAAUGGAUUACGAUGUGGAAAAGGGCGCUCGAGUGAGAUUCGGACGAUUCAUUACGGUCCAGUCGGAUGUCUCCAUGAAGGAAGAUGUGGAGGAUGGUGUCUAUUUCAACAUCACCACGUGCUUUUUUGUCACCCUGGAGGGUUUUUGCGGCCUCACGGAGGACCUCGCCAUCUUGUCCCCCGCCGAGGAGUUCACAGUGGAGGACGUCAAGCAAGGAGGCAAUGGCGACUACACUGAGAUCAUUCUGAAACACUCCAACCUGAAGGCCACUCACGACUGCUACAUAUCACGGGCCCCAGCAGACAGCGCACCCCUGUGGCUGGUGAUGGCGCUUGUGUCCUUUUUCCUAUUUGAGACGCUCCCCCGUUAGCAUCAUGAAAGCUGAGAUGCUAACGACAACGAUGCCUGCGACGGCGCACUGACUGCGAGGCGGGACAAAUUCUAGACGCAUCACUGUGUGCAUUUGAGCACGACUAGUACGAGUAUGUUUAGGAUUCUUUGCUUUUUGUGCACUAAAAUGUAUGAUUGCUUUUAAGAACUGUAUCAAUGUAACUGACAGACUGUAAUGAAAAUGUUUGGUUUUGAUUGCUAUGAUCAGAAGUAUCUGUUUACUAAUAUGCUUGUCGGUUUUCAUGUACUAUAGGCACGAGCGAUUUUUGUUAAUUUUGCGAUUGUGAUUUAAUAUGCAAUUCUUUUCCCUCCCAAGAUCUGGUUUCCAUGUAUUUUUUUUU